AUGUCUGACGAGAUAUCCAUAUCUUUUCCUUCUGUUCCUACGACGAUAGUUGGAGAAAGCAAUAUGCAGCAGCAGCACGACUCUAGACCAGCUCUUGAAGCCCAACCCCAUGAUCCUAGUCCUGAGGAAUCGCGAAUCAAGCCGCAUUUCAUCUUCAUUGAGCCCAAGUGGAGCCAUGAGACCCGCGAGACCCUCAUCAAAGCAUGGAACAGAGCGAUUGCGCGCUAUUACCCCAACCGCGAGGCCGUUUCCCCGUUUACGGUUAUCGAAGGCAGGUUGGGUAACAUUGAGCCUGCUCAGAUACAAUGCGACUGCAUGGUGUCGCCAGCUAAUAGCUAUGGCAUUAUGGAUGGCGGGUACGACUAUGUACUUUCAGAUGUCUUUAGGCAGCCGAAAACGCGUGACUUUUGGCAUAUUAGCAACCACGUCCAAUCCUACUUGCAGACGCAAUACCGAGGCUACUUGCCUCCGGGCUCCUGUAUCAUUGUGCCUCUCCCCGAAGACGUAUCGGGACCGACACGCUUCGUGCUCGACCCAGAGGGACGCGACCAAGAUGCAGAUGGGAAUCCAGGGAUCAACUAUGGCAACCCGUGGGGUGCAACCUCUAUGGCGGUCCUGCCUACCAUGAGAGAACCCGCUAACGUUGAAUGGCAUCAGGAUCUCGUCUACAACUGUAUGUGGACGCUGCAAGUGGAGAUUGACAAGUGGAACGCCGCUCUCGACGACGGCGACCAGAAAGUGAUCAGGAAGGUGCUCAUGACGGGCUUGGCUACGGGAUGUGGACAGGUGCCUGCCGAAAAGUGUGCAAGUCAGAUGGUUCUCUCUGUCAAACAUUUCAACGAGCCUGUCCUUGUGCAACCCAGAUGGAGCGAUGUCGGGGAGCGAGGUCAGCUCAUCGAGGAUACUAUCGUCGGUGAGGGGAACCCUAGGACGCGUUAUGGGUAA